UAAACCCGGCCCAUCUGCUAAAGCGAGUGGCCCAGUACUCAAAGCACUGACUGAAGAUACAGACGAGGGCAGAUCGCAUUGAAAACAAAUCAACCCAGCAGACUUUCACAACGUCACAACUGACGGCUGAAUAAACUUGCUUUGGGUACAUUUCAGCCGCGCGGAGGGACAAAUAGCGGUUUAAUGUUCGCGUAACAACUCUUUUCAAGUGAGCGCGUGAUGGAUCGACGAAGUUUGCGGCGAGAUGCAACUGUAGCGCUUCAUGCUUACAGUGAAUGAUGUAGUUUUUCCUCUCGCGAUCCCAACAUCUGCUUUUGCAAACGAUAACAGGACGCUGAUGGAGUUUUGUGACAUUAUACAAGCCACUUCUAGCGUUUUUUCGAUUACAAAGUUGUUUUUCGGAUGCACGUUGGACAACUGAACUACUGACGAACUUUGCACCAUCGAAAGAGAGUUAUGGAGACCACAAGUCCAACCACCACUGAGAAGAAGGAGUGUAAAGGCUCAGGCCUGGAUGGAAGCAGUUUCUCAGACCUCCCCAAAAAGCCUUCUCCAGCCACGGCAUCCAGAGCUCCUCAUUUAUUCUCCACCUUCCACACACCAAUUCCCAUCGACAUGCGCCACCAUGAGGGAAGGUACCAUUAUGAGCCACACCCUCUCCACCCCAUGCACGGACCUCAUGGAUUAGCUGGAAGUCCAGUUAUCUCCGAUAUCUCUCUGAUCCGACUGUCACCUCACGCGGCGGCUACAGGAGAGUCCCCCUUUAACCCUCCACACCCGUAUGUCAAUCCACACAUGGAGCACUACCUGCGAUCUGUCCACACCAGCCCAACCCUGUCCAUGAUCUCUGCUGCCCGAGGACUAAGCCCACCGGACGUGACCCAUGAACAUCUAAAGGAACGGAGUUUAUUUGGUCUGCCGCCUCCUCCCCCUGGAGCAAACCCAUCUGAGUAUUAUCAUCUCAUCACCAGUCACCGAAGUCCCUAUGGAGACCUGCUGAUGCAGACAGGAGCCGCGGCCGCACAUCUACCCGACUACAUGAGCCCAGUGGACAUGUCCCGUUUCCCAAGUCCCAGACUGACGCCAAGGCUCACCAGGAAACGUGCGCUGUCCAUCUCUCCGGCCUCGGAUGCCAGCAUCGACCUGCAGACCAUGAUCCGCACCUCGCCCAAUUCGCUGGUGGCCUACAUCAAUAACUCCCGCUCAAGCUCGGCCGCCAGCAGCUCUUACGGACACCUCUCUGUAGGGGCCCUCAGUCCAUCCUUCACUUUCCCACAUCCCAUCACACCAGUAGCGUACCACCAGUUGCUGACCCAGCAGAGGGGCCUGAAUGCUUUUGGACACACCCCACCACUGCUUCAGCCGUCCCCAUCCCUCAGCAGCAGACAGCAGACACUGAUGGCAGCUGCCGCCCUGACCAACAGUACCGACACCAACACAGACACCAACCAGAACGCUGGCGGAGAUUCGGCUGUCAGCAGCACGGUGAACCCCAUGAUAAUCAAGAGGUCAAAGGUGAAAACGGAAGCCGACGGACCGCACCCCAUCUCACCUGGUUCUCAGGAUCACAUGGAGUUACGGGAGGAACUUGAUAAAGACGAAUGCAAGCACGAGCCCGAAGCCGUAUAUGAGACUAACUGUCACUGGGAGGGAUGUACCAAGGAGUAUGACACCCAGGACCAGCUAGUUCAACAUAUCAAUAAUGACCACAUCCAUGGUGAGAAGAAGGAGUUUGUCUGUCGAUGGAAGGAGUGCUCGCGAGAACAGAAACCCUUCAAGGCCCAGUACAUGCUGGUGGUGCAUAUGCGACGUCACACUGGGGAGAAGCCUCAUAAGUGCACGUUUGAAGGUUGCUCAAAGGCUUACUCUCGGCUGGAAAACCUCAAGACUCACUUGAGAUCCCACACGGGGGAGAAACCUUACGUGUGCGAGCACGAGGGUUGCAACAAAGCGUUUUCCAACGCUUCAGACCGGGCCAAGCACCAGAACCGCACGCACUCCAAUGAGAAGCCAUAUGUAUGCAAAAUCCCUGGUUGUACAAAACGCUACACAGACCCCAGCUCUCUCAGGAAACAUGUGAAGACGGUUCAUGGUCCAGAAGCACACGUCACUAAAAAGCAGCGUGGUGAUCCACCGCCUAAACCCCACCCCCCUAAGGGAAAUGGGGAAAAUGAGGCAAGCACGAAACAUGCUAGGGGAAGAACAGAGGGGAUUUUGGAGGCCAGCACCACCACCAGAGGCGUAGAUGACUGCCAGCUCGGCAAAGCUAUCAAGACUGAAAACACGGUGAUGUAUCAGUCCAGCCCUGGUGGUCAGUCAUCAUGUAGCAGUGAGCCGUCGCCACUUGGCAGUGCCACCAACAAUGACAGUGGAGUAGAGAUGGCCAUGUACAGUGGAGGCAGUUUGGGGGACCUUAGUGCUUUAGAUGACCAACCUGUAGUAGAUUCUACGGGAUCUCCUGCUACGUCUGCAGGAGUAGGUCUCCAUCUGCGUAAAAACAGAGGAGGGCUUCUGCACCUUGAGCACAUCAAGAAAGAAAAGCUAAAAGUUGUGAGGGACUCCUGCCCCUGGGCGAAUACAACGGCUCAAGUCCGAAAUACCAAGCUGCCUCCGAUAUCAUCUAUCGACUCACUGAUGGAUUCUCCAAAUAUGGUCAUUCCAAUGCAUGGUCCUCCAACCCAGCGUUCAGGAGACUUUUCUUUGUGUGAGAUGACUGUGCUAAAUCAAUUAAAUGAGCGUAGAGACAGCUCUACCAGCACAAUGAGCUCGGCGUACACGCUCAGCCGUAGGUCCUCCGGGAUAUCCCCAUGCUACUCCAGUCGGCGAUCUAGUGAAGCUUCACAAUUUGGAGCCCGCAACAACAACAUCAGCUCAGCAGACUCAUACGACCCUAUCUCCACAGAUCUGUCUCGCCGUUCCAGCGAAGCCAGUCAUUGUGGGGGUGCAGGUGGACUAAAUCUUACGCCCGCUCAGCACUACCGACUUAAAGCAAAAUACGCUGCAGCCACAGGAGGUGCUCCACCCACACCUUUACCCAACAUGGAUCGCAUGAGUCUUAGAACCAGAAUGGCAUUGUACAAUGACUCACAGGAUAGUUCGAUGCAUUUGCACCAUACCUCAGCUGCAACUAACUUCAGACGCUGCAGUGACACAAGCUACGGUGCUCCGGGCAUGAUGCCACACGAAGCUCCAUCCAAUGUUCCACGGCGAGCCAGUGAUCCCAUUCGUCGUUCAUCUCUGGACCCGCUCUCCUUGCCGAGAGUUCAGAGGUUCAACAGCAUCAGCAACAUGAACCUGUCACGCAUGCCUGCGGCAGAUCGUCGGGUUUUCAACCUGCAAAACAACACUUGGUCUGAUGGCAGCUUGCACCGGCAUUCCCUUAACCAAAGGCCACCUAGUAUUUCAGAGAAUGUUUUAAUGGAGAACAUGGCCACUGAUGGAGGUGAUCAUCCAGAGGAUGAUUUGGUGCUUCCAGAUGAUGUGGUACAGUAUCUCAAAUCCCAAAAUGGUGGCUUGAAUCAGGACCCUGGGAUUUCUGUGAAUGGUGGUCAUACGCUAGACUUCCAUGGUAAUAUGGCCUCCCAACAACAACAGCAGUUUUAUGGGCAACGGAGAAUGGCCAUGGUAAGCAACAAUGCGAGCCAUGGGGAGCAAAUAACACCUAUUUGCUCAGGUUCGGAGCACAUGGCAGACCCACAAGGAAUGAACAAGAACAACAUGCCUGUGCAAUGGAAUGAGGUUAGUUCUGGUUCAGUGGAUACAACUACGAGGCAUCCAAAGCAGCAACAACUCAGAGGAAACUUGACGGUGGUACAGCAGAAGCAGAACGUUGGCCACUACCAAGCUUUCAGCACCAACCAACAGAUUGUGCCAAUGAGCCAGAAUCUUGCGAGCCUACAACAAGGUUAUCCACAAAGGACCACCCAGAGGAUCAAUUCUGUCCAGCAGUAUAGGCACUCGGUUGCCAAUCCGUGUCACAAUCUCGGUGAGCAAAUAAACCCUCCACAGCAGGGAUACAGGCAGGACCUCACUUACUCAUCGUCUGGAAAUGGCAGUCAACGCUUAACAUUCAAUGGUAUGGCUCUACCCGGUGGGAGAGCCCAAAACCAGGAAAUGCAGAAUUACAGAUCAAACGUUACCAAUGCGAAUAACGUCAACCAGCUAAAUUAUGUCCCUCAAAAUGUAGGCCGAGGACUGAUGCAGCCCAGACCUCCAUCUGGGCCCAAAUCAGCAUUGAAUAGACAACAUUUGGGGUCAGGUAUGGUGCAGCAAAAUGGUUGCUCCCUGUCCAACAUCAACUCUGGAUUUAACACUUCAGAAGCUAGCCCAAAGAGUCAUGGUGACGCAAAUCAACACAACAAUAGUAUUGGCAGCACAAUGUACUAUUCAGGUGAGAUCCGCAUGUUGGACACCAAUGUGGAUUACAGUUCUCCAAUGUCUCCAUGCACAAAUCAAGCCCCUGCUUCAGCAUCUACGAUGGCAUCUCCUGGGGUUAACCAAGUCACCAGCACAGUAGACUCCUCUCAAACAAUCGAGCACCCUCCAAUAGACUUUGAUGCCAUUUUGGAUGACGGUGACCAUUCGAGCCUAAUGUCUGGCACAUUAAGCCCCGGGCUUCUGCAGAGUUUCUCGCAGAAUUCCUCACGACUCACCACCCCUCGUAACUCUGUCACAUUAGCCUCAGUACCAGCAGGUAUUGGCAACAUGGCUAUCGGUGACAUGAGCUCGAUGUUAACCGCCCUUGCAGAGGAAAGCAAAUUCUUAAACAUGAUGGCUUGAGAUCUAGAGUGGAUUUUUAUAUACUGUUUUGAAAAUGUAAAGACAUUGAACAAUGCUACAAAGUAUGUUAAGUACUAAAAGGGGGGAUUUUUAUGCAGUUUUGUUUCAUGAACAAAAGCACUGAUAUACAUAACAGUGAAACUUUUCAGCAUUUCAGGUGAAUGUUAUCAAGGUUUGCAUUUGUAAAUACAAUGUUGUAUGCAACUAGAUUGUACCUGUACAUGGCAAAGACCUCACGAUGAUCCGAACUGUAUUACAAAGCCAUAAGUUUUUGCAAAAGUUUGUUUGUUAGUACAUAUAAGAAGAAGUGUACAUCAGGGUAAUGGUUAUUGCGCUAAUUCAAGUCUAAAUCUCCCUUUUCUCAACAGUGCACUGAUAUUCACUAAGUGCCCUUACAUAAAAGAACACUUUUAAACUCAUAUAGUGCUAUGUAAUCUGCUAUAUAGCUAUACUAAUAGAGUUAUGGAUUUUUUGCUCAGUUUUGUUUAUAGUUAUGCCUUUAUCUUUCAUGCUUGCAUUUAUGUGUAAUGCAUAUUAACUGCUCAAGCUUUGUUCAAUGCUCUCAUUAUUGCUUCGAAGUGAUAUUACGAGAAACCAGGUGGGAAAAUAAAUAAUCUCUACCCCAA